AUGGCAGCGUGCUGCCGAAGAAACCAUUUGCCGAAGCAGCACCAGCAGCAGCGUUUGCAGCAGCUGCAGCAGCAUCUGCCGCAGCGGCAGCAGCAACAUCUGCAGAAUCAGCAAUGUUGGCAUCUGUGCGGUGGCUUUCCCUUCGGCGAAUGCUGCCAAUGCUCAAGGCUGCCGUAUGUGGUGUUGCAGCAACAGCAGCUGCAGUGGCGGCAUCAGCAGCAGCAGCAGCAGACGCAGCACCAGCAGCAGAUGCAGCGGGCAGCAGUCGGUGCUGAAGCUUGCCGCACAAGUUCGCUGUUGAUACCUUCUGCUGCACUAGAAGACGUAAGUCCGCCAGAAUUAACAAGGAUACCAUCCCCACAGAAAGCAGCAGCAGCUGCAGCAGGAGCAGCAGCUGCAGCAGCUCCAGAAGCAGCAGCAGCAGCAGCAGCAGCAGCAAGGGAGCAGACACUAUUAGGAGCAUCUGUCUCGAAAGCCUUACUUUCUGCUGAUCUCAGAAGCGGCAACGACAAUUGCCUUCCCUCCCGGGGUGUCUAUACACCCGAAUGGACAGCAGCACAACCCAAUUUCGUUCAAGGGCUCAUCUUGAGGAGAAGGUCUCCUUCACUCAGCAGUCUCCCGGCUUGCAGCAGCGGAGGCCUUCAGCAUAUUAGCGUUAGCUGCAGCAGCAGCAAGGACAACAGCAGCAGCAACAGCUGCAGCAACAGCAGCUCCGCAAACGGCCGCAGCUCUUCGGUUGCAUGCGAAGCAGAAAAGGCUGCAGCAGUAGCAGCAGAGGCUGUGGCAGCUGCUGCCUUGAGUUUCACUCUGCGUUCACAGAAGCAACAACGGCAACAACAUCAGCAGCAGCAGCAACAGCAGCACCAGCAGCAGCAACAGCAUCAGCAACAGAAGCAGCAACAGCAGCAGCAACAGCAAAUGCAGCAACAGCAGUUUCACCUAUUGAGGCCUCAGCGUGCAUCUUGCAGCCCCUGCGUGUCUGCUGCUGCUGCUCACAUACCCUUCAGAGCAGACAGUCUCUGUCGUCCCCAGCUGCCCGAGGGUCUCUUCGCAGCUAACUUCCAAGGCCCCCUGACAAGAACGUUGGAUGCUGGUGGAACCGAUGCAUGGCAGCAGCUGCAGCAGCAGCUGCAGCAGCAGCUUCAACAGCAGCUGCAGCAGCAGGGAGGGGCAUCGGCGGCGGUGGCAGCAGCAGCAACGGCAGCAGCCACAGCAGCCAAAGCAGCAGCAGAGAAUUUGCAAGUGUCCGCUUCCCCUUAUCGCAAUGGCCCCCAGCUGAGUGUUGCUAGGGAACUGUUGCUGGAGGAGCUGCAGCAACAGGAGCAACAGCAGCAACACUUGCUGCGGCAGCACGAGCAGCAGCAGCAACUGAAGCACCAGCCUCAUGAAGAGCUGCAAAAGGUUCAUACAGUGUCUGUAAGGCGGGAACGCAAAUACAGUUUUUCUCCUUGGCCCCUAACACGCAAAGCUGCAGCAUCGGCAGCCAGUUCCCCCAAUUGGCAGCAACAGCAGCAGCAACACCAGCAGCAGCAAGCUGAGCAGACGGCGCCUGAACAGCGCACCAACGUGCUGCUGCAGCAACAGGCUCAACGGGACGGGGAGCACUACCAGGAGCUGCAGGCCCCCAAAGCUGUUGCACGAGGUUGUCUCCAACAGCAAGUGGGCAGUAGCAGCAAGACGCCGCACGGAUUUUCUGCUGCUGCUCCUGCCGUUGCUGGUGGUGCUGCUGCUGCUCCUGCUCCUGCUUCCGGGGGAGAAUCGCCUACCGCUGCUGUUGGCAGCAGGGAGGUGACUGCGUUUGCUGCUGCUGCGGACGAGGAGCAGCAGCUUUUUGGCCCUACACUCUUCUUAAAGGAGACCCUGUGCGGAGUCCCUAUGAGGCUGUUGCCUUCAGAUGGAGGAGACGCAACAGCAGCUGCAGCAGCAAAAAUGUUAAUUGCUAUGCAAAUGCAACAGCAGCAACAGCAGCAACAACAGCAGCUGCAGCAGGAGGAGUUCGGCUCGGCUGAUGCAUGGUGGGAGGGGCAGUCAUUGUCUAGUGAGGAGCAGCAGCAGCUGCCGCAGCAGCAACACCAGCAGCACCUCCGGCACCGCUGGAAACAGGGCCAACAGCAGCAGAAGCGGCAUUCGCGAGAAACACCUAUGGCAGCAGCAGCAGCAGCAGCAACAGCAGUAGGAAACAGCCAAAGAGAACGGCAACAAUCAACGACUUCUCGGCGGCUGCCCCGAAGUCCUUUAACCCUCGGAGAGGAGACGCGGAGACACCACAGGAGACAUAGCAGCUACGCGGAAGGCGGAGUAUCAGCAGCAGCACCAGCACCAGCACCAGCAGGUUGUAAGUUUUCUUCCGGUUUCGGUGUAUAUGGAGAUGAGGCUUUUUCGGAAACCUCGGAGUCUCAAUGCUUAGGAAGAGACAGAGGGGCGGACCGAUGCAAAGGAGACACUUCAACUAGGGGCAGAGACACAGGCCUUGCAGCAGCAUCUACCAAGGGACGGCGGCGUUACAGGGGAGAGAGCGACAGCGACAGAGAGAAAGGAAGCAGGAACAGAGAGAGACACAGAGAUAGAGACCGACUUCCAGACAAAGACAAAGAUAUAAGAGAAAUGGAAAGGGAGAGAGACAGAGACCCAGAGAGACAUACAGACAGGGUUAGAGAAAGAGAGAGGGAGGGGGAGAGAGACAGAGACAGAAAUAGUGCCUGCUACAUCUCCAGAUUGUCUUGCUGCGACCCUGGCCGCCAUAUAGAAGCCAACCCGCUGCAUGCAGCAAAUUUCAAAGGGCGAAGGAGGCCAUGGCGCGACAGCAAGAGGGGACAGGUACAGGCAGAGGAAACAGCAACAGAGGAGACAGCUAGAGACACAAUACCUCACAGCGACUCCCUCAAGACCUUCUCUGAACCAACCACCGACGAAGUAGCAGACAGUGCUGCUGCUGCUGCUCCUGAAGCCGCAGCUGGAAGGGAGACAGACACAGAGCAGCCACUAUCCUACGAAUACGGCGACAUUAUGCACAGCAGGAAGAAGGAGAACUCUGCUGCUGCUGGUGCUGUCGCUAGGAUGCCUGGUUUGCCGCAUGCAGCACGAGCGAGGGACCCACAACAGCAUUUGAGGAGACACAGCCGCUGCCGCAACCGCUGCAGCAGCGGUCAUAGCAACGGGUUCAGCAUGGGGCAAAAGGUCUCACUGGACGAACGCGAAAAUGAGGAGACCGAGGAUAUCUCUGUGCUCUCUCUAAAGCAGCAGCAGCAGCAGCAGCAGCAGCACGAGCAGGAGCCCACCGAAGUCUCUGGAACAGGGACGCAUACCUCAAGCUGGGGAGACGAUUGGGGACACCGCAGCAAAGAGGAACAACAGUUUGAGUGGCCUGAAGAGCAGCAGAAAAUAUGGGAGCAGCAGGAGCGAUGGGAAACAGAGAAGCAGCAGCAGCUACUGCUGCAGCAGGAGCAAGAGCAACUACUGCUGCAGCAGGAGCAAGAGCAACUACUGCUGCAGAAGGAGCAAGAGGAGAUACUGCGGCAGCAGGAGAAGCAGCACUUGCAUCCUCUAUCGAACUCCCCCUCUCCACAGGCGUCAGUCGUCCAGUCCAUUAGUUCCGCUGGCUCGUUUACUUCACAGCAGCAGCUGGAGCAGCAGCACGCGCAGCAGGAGGAGGAGGAGGUGCAGCAGCAGCAGCAAGAACGAUUCCUGGCGCAGCACUUUGCAGGCGGGGACAAUGAAGGGCAUGGGGGAGACUGGCUAGCAGGCGGAGGGCCUGAGUCUCUGUAUGAAGACGCAGACAGAUGCACUUCCACGGAGCAGAAAUCUGCUAGUGCUGCAACUGUCUAUCCCAACGCUGUCUCUGAGUCGCGCCGUGCCCCAUCUCCUCGCGGCAGCAGAUCCCGCCGGCUUGAAGCGGCGGAAGAAGAGGCAGCUGGCUGCAGCUUUGCUGCUGCAGAGAACGCCACUGUAAGUGAGUCUGCAGAAGGCCACCAACAAUCCGGUAGCUCUCAUCUCUCACUAUCGUCUCCCGAGGCAUGUCGGCAGCUGCGCCGCAGCAGCAGAAAAAGAAAAGGCACUCAAGGUGUACAGACAGAUGCCCCUUCUACUCAUACAAUACCCGCACCAGCAGCACCCUCUGAUGCUGCGCAGCUGCCUUCUCUUGCAAAAGCAAUUCUACGUAUUCCCCCAUUUACAUUUAGUACACGGAGAGGAGGGGAGGGAGCGCGCACGCAGCUGCCACAGCAGCACCAGCAGCAGAAACCAGAGCGCAGCAGGCUGCAUCUCCCUCAGCUGCUGCUCUACCGCCGCACGUCCAGUAUGCGGAGUGCAGCUCUGCGAAAGCAGCUGCAGCACUUACUGCAGCUAAAGCAGCAGCGCCUCUUGCAUGAACGACUGAACAGCAGCAGCAGCACAGCUCCAGACAUCUCUUGUGCUGCACUAGGCAGGGCCUCUUCUAAGGAAGCCUCCUCCAGGAGGAAAAACGGAACAAACCCUGCUCCUGCUGCUAGUCAGCAGCAGCAGCGACAGUACCAGGGAGCGUCAGAAAACACAUCGCAAAGCGCGUCUGAAGCAGCAGCUGGAGCAGCAAACCCAGCAGAAGGUACAGCACCAGAUGAAAAUGCAGCAGCAGAAGAUGCCAUAUCAGCUUCUGGAGCGUCAGCGGCAGCACUGGUCGCUGGUGUUGCUGACUCUGCUCCUACUCGUGAUGUAGCUGCAGUUGGAAAGGUGGCAGCAGACGAAGUAGCAGCUGCUGCUCCUUUUCCUGCACCAGGUACUGCCCGCGCUGCAGCACACGUCUCUGCAGCAAAUACAGAUGAUUCGGAAGAUGGAGGAACGGGAGUAUGCUCAAUGCCUCCUUCUAUCCCCACAGAGUUGCCUGCUGAGGUUCCGCAGCAGCAGGUAUUUGCUGCUGCGGCAGCUGCCAGUGUUGCUGCUGCAGCAAACGGAAUAUACGCUGAAGAAAAGGAAGGAAGCCUCAGCGAUGGAAACGUGGAGACUCAAAUCUCUGCUGCUUCGGAGCUUGUUGCUGCAGCUGUAGAGAUAGCCACGGAGCACUGGAAGACGGAAAGAGAAGCACCAACAGGACCAGCAGAACAGUUGCAGCAUCGCAUACUGCAGUGGGAGGAGCUUCUUAGCAACAGCAUUCAACAGCAGCAGCAACAGCAGCGGCAGCAGCCAAGCACGCCUGCAGCAGCCGCUGCACAAGGCGCCAGAGAGGCAGCUAAACGAGCAGUUGCAGCGAGCAGAAAGGCCAUCGCCGCAGCUGCAGCAGCAGCUAGGGCAGCAGCAGCCCCGUUGCAUCGUAGCAGCAGCAGUAGCAUCAGCAGCAACACCGACUUCCACAAGCGCCCAUAUCCCCCUUUCCCAAGACGGAACAGCGCGCAGCUGCCUCCUGUUGCUGCAUUGCAGUCACUUCGCAACCCAAGUGACAGCAGCAGCAGCAGUAGCAGCAGCAACAGCAGCAGUAGCAGCAGUAGCAGCAGCAAGCGACCCUGUGGCCAGUCCAUAGGAACGUCUUCUGCUGCUGCACAAGGUGUUGCUGCGGCAGCAAACGAUCCCUCCACUGUCAACCCUGUUGUUGUCGUUGCUGCUGCUGCUGCGGCUGCGGCUGGUGCAGCUGAGCCAGCGCAUGCUUGUAAAAGAGCGAAACCUUUGGGUAAGAGUGCAGCAAGAGACGGGACUUCAGAAGAAAAGCAGGAGGAGUUCCGCGCAUUGUCACGCCAGUGCAGCAACUCAACAAAUAAAAAGGAAGCCACGGAAAUUCCUUCUCUAGGAAGCGGCAGCAACAACAGCAGCAAAGGCAGCAGCAACAGAAGCCGACGCCGCCCUUCUUCGGUGGAGGGAGAGACCGAAAGUUUGGAGGAGUAUCCACAGAGUUCGAUGAUACUCGGUAGCAGUAGCAGCAGCAAUAGCAGCAGAUGUGGGGGCCGUACCCGUCCUCGUAUGCUGCUGAUGCAGCUGCGCCUCAUGCAACAAGAGGAGCAGCAGCGGGCAGCAGAUCUCCACUACCUGCAACAGAAGCAGCAGCAGCUACAGCGGCUAGCUCGAAUGGAAACAGCAAGGAAGGCCAAGGCUGAAGCAGUAGCGGUGGAGAAAAUCCACAGGCGCAUCGCCACACUCGACGCACUGCAGGAGCAGGUCCUGCAGCAGGAAGCAGUGCGCAGAUGCACUAGCGCCCUGCAGCAGCAACAAAUGAAACAGCGGGAGCAGAAAAGGCAAAGCCGGCUAUUACAAAGAGGGAACACUAUCGAUCAGCACCAGCAGCUAAAGCGACCGCCGCAGCAGCAGCAGCAGAAGCUCGAGGACAGUGGCGUGAUUCUACUAGGAUUUCUGCCAGCGAUUCAGCCAUCAGAUGCGGCAUUCCACCAUGUACACCCCGUACAGCAACAGCAUCCAAUGCUUUGUUGUAGUGCAGGCUUUGCAGCGGCAGCAUCCGCAGCUGCUUUAGCUGCAGAGUUUGCUUCUGCUCUCACAACUACAAUGCCUUGCCGUCCUUGUCACUUUGCCCCUCUUCUCGUGGAGAUAUCUUUGAAAGGGAAACUCCAGCUGAAAGGGGGCUUGUGUUGCUUGCUGCACGCUUCGGGCUCGAGUCCUCCGCGACAGCAGCAGCAGAAGCACCAAGCGCUUCGAAGGAAGCAGCAGCAGCUCCCCGCUCCCCAGCCUCAGCCAUCGAGCCUAGGGGAAAGAGGCCUGGCUGAGGCGCUGGCUUUCUUCUGGAGUGUAUGUACAGAUAGACGCAGCUGA